AUGAUUGAAGGCGGAAUUUCAGGACGUAGAGAAGUUCCUGGACGACGAUGGAUUGAUCAGAUUCGCUUUGCAUUCAUGGAAGCAUCUGGUGGAAACGAAAAACUUGAAAUGACAUACGAUGAGUGGAUGUCAUCAAGAUUUCGUUAUCUCAUUGAAGAACGAGAGACAACAGAGGGUGAGAUGAACAUGUACUACAACCAGAUGGAUGAAAAUGGGGAUGGUCGCAUUACAUGGGAUGAGCUUAUUCUUUUUUUAACAAAAAGACAAAAAUCAAUACCAGGAAAUACCACAAAACAUCUUAAAAUCGAUUACGAGCAACCUGUAGACCCUUCUCCUAUUCUAGAUCAGUAUAUAAAUCCUCCAAAACAAACAAUUUUCAUUCAAGAAAACAACGAGCUUGUGACUUUAUCAGAUAGCCAGAUUGUGUUCUGGGAUAUACACCAAUGCAAUAUCAUUCAUAAGCAAGAAGGAGACAGAUUUGUCGGAAUUUGUUUUUUAUUUGGUCUAAAUGUUCUUGCUGUUGUUAAAACUACACCAGAAAUAGUAUUUAUAGAUACCAAGGAACAUAAAAUUAUUGCAAAUAACAUUACAUCAUCAGAAAAUUUCCUUCAAAAUAAACCAACUUUUGUUUGCAACAACAAAAACGAUAUUAUAGUCAUUGGAUAUGACACAGGCGAAAUUGAUAUUCUCGAAAUCGAAAAAUCUAAACAAUCUACAUUUUCUUCAAAAUUAAUUCAGAAAUUCAAUCAUCAUACAGAUAAAGUUACGAAAAUCAUGUACAUUGAAGAAGAAAAGUGUUAUAUGUCUUCUUCACUUGAUACAACUCUCGCAAUGUUCAAUGAAAACGGAAUGAUUUCGAAAAUUACAGUUAAUAUGGGAAUUGUUAACUUUGUUUACGAUCCUGUAUCAACCAAUGUAUUCUUCUCAACACCAGAUCAUUAUUUCGGCUAUUGGCGCUGCAGAACAUCGAUUUUCAAAAUUAAAGAUUUGGAAAUCACGGAAAUUGUCAAUUUAUUCAUUGUCAGAUUAUCCAAACGCAAAUCCUUACUCAUCGCAACCAAUACAGAGCAUUUCUUUAUGACUUGGAAGCUUCCAGAGUUUGUUUCAAUCGGAAACUGGAUUUACGGCGAUCAACAUAAAGAUUCAUUGCCAACAUCAGGCAUAAUCCUUGGAAACAACGUCUAUCUUUCAGGAAGUUUCGUUUCCAUAUGGAGAAUUUAUUUAUUUGUCACUUCCGACAAAAUAUUCCAAGAUCCAAUGGCCGGAUUUGACUAUUCCGGCUACCAUGAUCCAAAAUUUGUCCUUACUUGUAACUCCAAGGCCGAAAUGAUCUUUUGGAAUUACAGAAAUGGGACAAUCGAGCACAGACAGAACAUCACGUACGGAUCAGAAGUUUUACAUAUGUGCGUAGAUGAGCAUCAUACCCGGUUUGGCCUCGCAAUGGCAGAUGGAAGGUUCAUUACAGUAAAUUCUCUUACAGGACACCAUUAUUCGACUUGUUCUCUCGGAUUCAGCGGGUUUCCGAGUAUCCUCCCCACAAUGGCCAUAAUAAAAGGCGAGCCAAAGCUUUUGGUCGUGGAAAACAAUCAAUUAUUGUUAUAUGACGACUGUCAGAACGGUAAAUACAACUAUAUCAGGAACUUCAUGAAGCAGAAGGUAGCAUUCACUCAUCUCUGUGUCCUGAAGCACUCCAAAGUUGUUUCUGUCCAUGAAGACAACACUAUUUUGUUGUGGGAAUUUUCAGAUGGAAUUCCGAAGAUGACUUUUUCAGUUCCGGUUAAAAUCACGUGUAUUUCGGAUCUUCCAAACAACGAAACAAACUUCCUUGUUGGCUGCGAGAACGGGUACAUCUACGUGAUGGAUUUGGAAGUUGAGAAACCUGUUUCUUCCUUCAAUGUCUUCCACAUGACAGUUCCUAACAAAAUCACUUGUAUUUCGACAUUUGAAGGCGAAAUUGCUGUUUCAAACGACAGAGGCUACAUCAAGACAUUCGCUCUGAACAACGGAUUCGAAGAGAUUUCUGUGUUUCGAGCCCAUUCAGAGACAGUCGACAGAGUUGUUUUUGUGUUAGAAAACAAAGUGUUGACUAGUUCUAAUGGCCAUGUCUCGAUGUUUUCUUUGUGUCCUCCUAAAUACAUUGGAGAACUCGGAGAGAACAACGAGUGGGAUUCAGAUGGACAGUCAUCGUGGAAGAAUGUUGAUUUCAUCGCACAGUUUGAUGAGUCUGAAUUCGAAGUUGGAUAUUGCAACUUCAUUAAAUCAGAAGAAUUGUGCGUUAGAGAGCCAAUUACACCAAGAAAUACUGUGGACCACGCACCGAGAUUUGUGGAAGAAGUUCCUCCUUUGAAUAUAAACUCUGUUCUCACAAUGAUGAAUGAGAUAAAUGACGAAGAAAACUCUGAUUCUUUGUCAUCAAGUCCUAAAAUUCCAAAGUCUAUUUCUGCUUCUGCAAGACCAAGAAUUGUCAAGCCUGUUGUUCCAAAACACCCGAAUGGACUUCCUCUGUUCCAUUCUGACGGAAACCAGACAAUAAAGAUUGUUAAAACUGCAAGGCAGUACAAGGCUAUCCAACUUCCUGAUAGAAGGUUUAAGACAGGAAGAUCAUAUAUGAAUAUUAGAUUUAAUGUUUGA